UCCGCGAGGUGAAGGGUGAAAGUUGUGAAGAAGGUGAAGCCGCGUCGGGGCUGCAGGUUCUGCGGAGAGAAGAGCCCUCGGGGCCGGGCCUGACAGGCCUCCGUUCUUAUCCUUAACCUCCCAUGGAAGUCAACAUGGGGGAGAAAGCAGAAGAUUCUGGGCCUCCGGAGGACUUGUUCAAUGGUUUAAAGAUUACUGAUCCCCAGAAAUCAGAGUGUGCUAGCCCCCUGGUGUCUAGUGUAAAAGAUGAGUAUAUUCACAGCAAAGUACCAAAGGAUGUUCAGGACCAGGGAGAAGAUGAGUGCUUUCAUGACUGUAAUGACUCAUUUGAAGACAAGGAGGAUGCGAGAGUGGAAGAGCCAACAGACAAACUGGGUGAUGAUGUGAAUCCCUCAGAACUAGAGGAAGAAUACUUACUGAGACUGGAAAAAGAUAUGCCAGAUGAGGAGAAACAGAAAAGAAGAGAGGAGAGCACCAGACUAAAGGAGGAAGGGAAUGAACAGUUUAAGAAAGGAGAAUAUGUAGAAGCAGAAAGUUCUUAUAGCCGAGCCAUUCAGACUUGCCCUGCCUGCUAUCAAAAAGACAGAUCAGUUCUGUUUUCAAACCGAGCUGCUGCAAGGAUGAAACAGGACAAAAAAGAUGCUGCUAUCAAUGACUGUAGCAAAGCAAUUGAAUUAAAUCCCAGUUAUAUCAGGGCAAUAUUGAGGAGAGCAGAAUUAUAUGAGAAAACCGACAAGCUAGAUGAAGCCCUAGAAGAUUACAAAUCUGUUCUAGAAAAAGAUCCAUCAAUAUACCAAGCUGGAGAAGCUUGUAUGAGAUUACCUAAGCAAAUUGAAGAACGGAACGAAAAACUGAAGGCAGAGAUGUUAGGUAAAUUAAAAGAUCUUGGGAACUUGGUUCUCCGGCCUUUUGGACUAUCCACAGAAAACUUCCAGAUCAAGCAAGAUUCCUCAUCUGGUUCCUACUCUAUUAAUUUCGUUCAAAAUCCAAAUAAUAACAACAGAUAACCUACUGCCCUUGAUGCCCUCUGCACGUCAUUUGUCCUUUUCUCUGAGGAGGCCUGCAAAGCAAGGCUGACCCCUGAGCAGCACAAAGCUAUUCGCUCUUGUUCAGUCCCAGGAAACAGCUCCUUGAGAAUCAACCGGGCCUGUCUAAAAGAGUGGAAGUGAUUGGUUUCCCAUCAUCCCUUCCUCCCCUCCACCAUUUUCUCUCCAAAUGCACUGCCAAAGCUCUUGUGAUCUCCAAUAUUUUAUUAUCUCUCCUUGUGGUAAUAAAGGCUUUCUGUGACUUA